CUUGGGAGCCCUGUGUUACUGAAAGGGCCGUCCGUUCAAGAUGGCGGCCUACUCAGCAGCGAAUUGCUGUUUGGUGUUUCUCGCAUCCACUGCCGUAAGGUUAAUUUUUAUGUACUCCCCAGCGAGGGAAUGGUUUAGAGAUAGAAUUGAGCUCAGUACACCACUAACUGAUUGGAAGCGAGUUGAGGAAGGAUUGUCGUUGCUGAGUCAUGGUGUGUCACCUUACUCCGGUGAUGUUGUGCAUGAAUCACCUCUUGUGUUGUUGCUGUUUCACGCUGUGCGUUCUCUGUCUGGGAGUCUUAUACCACUGAUGUUUGUGGUUUUAGAUUUGGUAACCGGGCUUUUGAUUUACAAACUUAGCAGGCGGAUCCUUAAUUCUGAGUUAUCAGAUCAAAAGGCAAGACAAGAAACAUUUGCAAAAAAUGCUGAUGUUAUAUUUUUGAAAGGGGAAGCUUUGUCAGAAGUUCCAUUGCUUACAGCUGCUGUAUAUUUACUCAGCCCUUAUGCCAUAGGAAGUUGUGUUGCCCAGUCAACUGUAAUCUUCACCAAUUUUAGCAUUGUUUUGAGUAUAUAUACUGCUAUGAGAGGUAAUGCAGCUCUAGCAUCAUUUGGUGUUGCCAUGGCAACAUAUCAGUCCUUAUAUCCCAUGGUCCUUCUCUCACCUGUGACACUGCUUGUUAUUAAGUCCAAGCCAGACUGUAGGAAAUGGCAGGGCUGCAUGAAGAUUGUCCUGCUGUUUAUCUUGUGGCUUGGUGGGCUGCUGUCUCUCUCUUAUCAGCUCUUCAACUCUUUGGAUUUCAUGAAGGCAACAUACGGGUUCAUAUUAUCCGUGCCCGACCUGACGCCAAACAUUGGUCUGUUCUGGUAUUUCUUCACCGAGAUGUUCGAACACUUCCGGCCCUUUUUCCUGUGGGUCUUCCAGUUGAAUGCCUUCUUUUACUGUCUACCACUGACCAUUAAGCUCAGGCAGAAUCCAGGCUUCCUGGCCUGUAUGCUGGUGUCCGUGAUAGCGAUUAUGAAGUCUUAUCCGGCAUUCGGUGACGCAGGUCUUUCCAUGGCCCUCCUUGUAAUCUGGAAACACACCUUCCCAUACAUGCGCAAUGCGUUUUUGAUCACGUGUUUGCUGCUCUUCGCUACGUUUCUCGCCCCAAUCUUCUGGUAUCUGUGGAUUUACGCGGGAAGUGCCAACGCCAACUUCUUCUUCGCCAUCACCCUGGUGUACUCGACCGCUCAGAUUCUUCUAUCAUCUGACGUCCUGUUCGCCUAUCUGCGCCGUGAGUAUGACCUUGUCAGCGGUAUCUACCCUAAAGUCAUGGACGGUGAGCCUGCUAAUGUAGUCUUCAACUAAACGCGGCCUUAUUGGCUCAGAACUGUCACGUGAUGAGUGCUUACGCCACCUCAUCCAUCCAAUGACGUCUCUGAUAGGACUGUCACGUAGUGAUAACGUAAAAAAGAUAAGGCGGAUAUCAAAGGGGAUGUCGAGGUAAAUUGACAGAUAUUAUAGAAGGUCAACAUACUCCGCCAUUUUACGCACCCUCACAAUACCAAGUCACUGAAGGCAUCCAUUUCCAACUAUUUUUCAUUGUACCCGAUGCAUCUCCCUAGAAAAAGUCGGACAGACAUUUUUUUGUGUAAAUAAAACGCAGCUCGGAAUCAAGAAAUAAGAAAGUUCUAAAUUUAAAGUUUUACUGAUAGAAAGUAGGGACGAAAGUAGCGUUCAGUGUGGUAAUAGGGUUGUAUUUCUUUUUUCAAAAAAAUAUUUCUAUACAAAUA